AUGCGUAUAGUGAAUGACAGAACGGUCAGUUCUGAGCCGAGGUUGGGUCUCCCAAUGACUAAAUAUGAAGACCUUGUUGGCUCUGUUACUCACUUUAUUCAUAAUGCCUGGCAUAUGAGCGUAAAGCGGCCUUUGGCUGGCUUCGAGUCGCAGUUUCAAGUCGUGCGCAACCUCAUCGACUUUGCUAGCGACGCUGUGUCUUAUCGUCCUGGGACACUUCAGCUUACCUUUCAAGUAAUUUCCUCCAUUGGUGUAGUCGGAAACUAUGGCGUGGAAAGUGGCCAAAUGAAAAAAAAAAUCGUCCCUGAAGAUAAGGUCGACAUCGACUCGGUACUGCCGAUCGGAUAUGGAGAAGCAAAAUGGGGAUGCGAGAGAAUGUUGGAUGAAACCUUGCACAGAUACCCUGAUCAAUUGCGCACCAUGGCCGUUCGUCUAGGAUAG